CUCGGUUUCUUUACCGAUGUGUACAGUGUAACACACUGUAGUAGCUGACCAGAGUAUUGCUGUUUUAGCUCUGUUUUCAGUCUACAUGAGGUGAGAUAAACAUUAGUGAAUUUAAAUGAGAUUUAUAUAUAAAGUAUGUAUGAAGAGAGCAUGUGCUCCCAAUACACACUCGUCACACCGCCAAGAGAAGAAUGUAUAUACACCAGCUGCUACUGCGAGGAAAAUGUUUGGAAAUUGUGUGAGCAUGUCAAAAUCAAAAACCCCUGUCCAAUAGACGAGAUAUACGCAGUCUUCAUAUCAAAUAAAAAUAAAACAAUACCUAUUUGGAAACAAAAAUCCAGUAGAGGGAGCCAACCUGUGAUAUGGGAUUACCAUGUAGUGUUACUGCAUGUAAACGCACUUGGCCAGAGCUUCAUUUAUGACCCAGACACCACCCUUCCAUUCCCGUGUCCUUUUGAUGUGUAUUCAAGUGAAGCCUUUCAGUCUGAUGAGUUCAUCAAACCAGCAUUUCGAAGGCAAAUGCGAGUCAUACCAGCCGACACCUACCUAAAGAAGUUUGCUUCAGAUAGAUCGCACAUGAAAAAUCCUAAUGGGACAUGGCGUAUGCCCCCACCCUCAUAUCCAUGUAUAAAAACAACAGAAUCUAAGAUGAACAUUGAUGAUUUCAUCAGCAUGGACUCUAAUGUUGGUUGUGGUAAAGUGUAUAAUCUUUCCGACUUUGUGCAACACUUUAAAAACAAGUGAUGAACUUUUAUUGCUGGGAUGAAGCUAGAUUCAAAGAGAAGUCUGGAGUUUAAAGACGCAGAAUAAGAUCUGAUCCAGGGUUGUGUAAUUGAAUUUAUUUGUACUGAAUUGAAUGUAAUUGUACUGCAGAAGGUACUGCUGCAGGAGAGUGAUCUAAGGGUGGAAUGUUAAUGCAAAAGGGAAAAACAGUGCAGUACAGUAUGAUGUUGCUUUAAAAGUCUGCUAUAUGUAUUUUUUCUAAUUUAAAUAACUAUAGUGUCUUAUUGUUGGAGCAGUGCUUGGAAUAUGUUUGUUAGUGCUUGGCCAUUAUACAGCAAUUCACUAUCACAAUUGUUAUGCAAAUAGACUCUUGAAGUUACCUGUUGUCUGUUUCUUUUUUUAACAGGUGUUAAAAAGUAGGAUUAAAAAAGAGAGUUUUUUAGUUUU